AUGGAUAACCAACAAGAACAAAACAAUAGCACUCCACCGAACACCCCUCCCGGGAACCAUAUCAUCCGUCAACGCCGCGAGAAUCGUCUAGCAGCCGCACGAGGAGAUGCUCUCCCCUUCCCAAAUAUAUCAUACCCCCUCGGAGAAGAAGAAGAAGAUAACGAGAACCCCCCCAACAUCGCACCUCCACCAGCCAAUCUCCCCCCCACCCCCCUCUUCAUCGGACCCAUCGCCAGCCAAAAUCUCCGUAUUUUCCCACACACCUUCAAUCUCCUCAUGCACUACGAUCAGGCACCGCAUCUACCCGUUCCCGCAUUACACUUCCGGAAUCGCAUCGUAUCUCUCCUCAACGGUGUUGAAGUUCCCUGGCCCAUGCACGACGAGCUCCCACCGGAUCUCCUCCCUCGUUUCUUCCCGGAUCUGGAACUUUCCGCAGUACGAGAAAUACAAGCAGUAAUCUGGCGUGCGAUGCUCCAGCGAUCGAGAGUCAUUACCCGGACCAACGCUCCAAAUACACCAUCAUGGAUUCUCGGGCUCUUUCCCGAUGAGUCCCCGCUGGGACAGCGCGAUGCGAAUGGGGUGCCGAUUUGUCCUAUUUGUAUGCAGGAGUUGCCGGCGCGGGUAUCGAUUGUGAGACCGUGUGAGCAUCGGUUUUGUCCGGGGUGCUUGGAGGAGUGGAUUCCGCAUGCGAAUUUGAUGAACCCGCCGGCGAAAUGUCCGGUUUGUUUUGUGGAGAUUAGAGUGAUUGGGAAUAAUGGGGAGGUGGGACAUAGGGUGGGAGAGUUUUUGGGGUGGAAUUUUGAGGGGGAGGGGCCGAGGGCGUGA